CAACUUGCCGAAUGUUUUCAAGAUGUAUAGUAAUGCUGGAAUGCAACUAAUGCAACAUGUCGAUACGUUGACAGUUAAAUGUUACAGAUUUUAGGUUACUUUCUCUGCUCAGAGGUUCUUUUUGCGUUCAAGUAUCGCCACGUAUCCAAAUUCUUUAAAAACUACAAGGUGCAAUCGUGCUUCAAUCGAGAAAUUUCAACAGAAUUAAUUGAAAUCCAUUUUAAUUUAAAGAAAAUAAAAGUGAAUUUUUUGAAAUGGACGCGAAGAAGUUAGAUUUGUACUCGAAUGGAGAUAAGUUUGAUAAUACCGAUUCUACAAGUAAAUCCAAAAAUGAUUCGACAGAAGUUUGUUUAACAGAAAAUUGUUUGCUGCCAUUAAGUGAAAAUAUAGAACAGAAUAGCAGUUUACAAAAUCAGAAUUCUUAUUCUAAAGAGGAUAAAGUAGAAGUUGAAUGUAAUCUAGUAUCGUUAAGAAAAGAUAACAAUCCAAAUGAAAGUAAUUUAUUAUUAAAUAGGAUCAGUAUUAAUGUGGAUGAAACAAGUGUACAUAUAAAUAGCAUUCCAAACAAAGAAGAUGAAAAUUCAUCAUUGUCAAUGAAUAUUGAUCUUUCAAAUGAAAGAGUUUUUCAUAAAUUAUCUUCCAAUAAUUCACUGUAUAUAGAUCAUUCGCAUAAAAAUAUGGAUAAGAUUUCUGGGACUGAAACAGGUACUAGUAACAUAUGUGAAGAUAAUGUGUAUGAUAUUAAAUUAGAAAUACCCACAACCAAACAGUCGUUAAUUACUAAUGUUGCUCAUGAUUCUUCGACAAUAAAAGAUUUAGAUUCAUUGGCAUUGAAUGAACCAAUAAAUAAAAAAAUUUUAACAAGUUUGCAAAAUAAUAAUGAUGAUUCUACAAAAGUAGUAGAAAUGAAUAUAGCAUCGAAAGAAGAAUCUAAUAAAAAUAUGGAACAUAUAAAUAAACAUGUUUUACCAAAUUUGUCAGAAAGUACAGAAAAAGAAUUUAAACAGCAAACUAAAUUACGAUCAUCAGAAGUUUCAAAUGGAAAAGGAAAAGUAGAUGUUACUUCCAUAUAUCGACCAACUCUGAAUGAUGAUAGUAGACUUGUAAGGAUACCACUGCCAAUAAAUCGAAUGAGUUUAGUGCAAUCUAAUGCACAUUUUAUAAAUAGAAGUCGAAAUUUUCUGAAUUUUAUCACAGAAAAAUCCACAAAUAUAAUGGAGAAAGCAUUGUUACCGCAACAUUUAACUAUGAAAUAUACCUCGGGAUAUACAAAUAAUAAUGAGAAGAAGAAUAUAGAUGGGGAUUCUGUAAAAAAAGAGUUAUCAUCAAAAUGUUUAAUGCCUCCCAAAGAAUGUGAUACAGUAACAAAAAUCAUAAAUACACCAGUUGUAUCCAUAACGGAACAGAGCAAAAAUGGCGAACAAAAAGACCUAUUGAAUGAGAACAAUUCAAAAUAUCAAGUUUCUUCAAUGUUCAACUCAUCUUCUAUUGACUCAAUUGAUGGUACAUUAACAAGUAUUAAAAAUAAUUCCAAAUUUAUCAAUUCUGAAGAACAUAUUACAACCCAACCAACAGAAGCUUUAAUGACAACAGAUGGUGAAAUAUUGCAAGAAAAUUUAACAGAGUGUCAAAAUCACUCAGUUAAUAAUGAAAGUUCUCAUGAAAAAAAUUUGUUGGAGCAUCCUAUAUACUUAACAUUACUGAAAGAUUAUGCUAAAUUAAAAGAUAAUAAUACAAAAUUAUCAGAAGAAGUAGAAGCUUUAAAAACAAGAAAUAACAUAUUGGAAGCGGAGAAAAGUGGAGAACCUUAUAAAAUACAAAUUGAGACAUUAGAAAAAACUGUAGAUAGAUUAACAUUUGAAUUGCGCGCAUCAUUAGCUACCCAAGACAUAUUGAAAAGAGAACAUGCUGCUGCUAAUAAAGAAAUGGAAUCUAUGGUAAUAAAGUAUGCAGUUAGUGAAAAACGAUUGAUUGAUACACAAAGGGCAAGGGAAUAUGCAGAACGUAGGUUGAAAGAUAUUACAAAAGAGCAAGAACUCUUGCAGAAUAAAUUACGACAGGCUCAAGGAGAGAGGACUAGAAUAUGUAAUAUAUUGGAUGGGAAAUGCCGUGAAAUAGGUGAUCUUCAGAAAGAAGUUGAAAGACUUAAUGGAGAUUUACAGAUGAAAGAAGUGAAACUCAAGUGGUCACAAAAUAAAUUAAAAACGGAAAUGGACUUACAAAAAGAAACACAGCAAAAGCUUGAUAAAGCUUUGAGUAGAAUUAAUGAAAUGAAAGAGGAGUGUGAACAAGUACGUAAAGAAACACAGGAAACUAUUAGAAAAUUUCAAUUGUCUGAAGAAAAUAAAGCUAUAACAUUGGAUCAACAGCUUAAAGAGCAACAAGCACGUUUAAUUUUAGAAAGAUAUGUAACCGAAGACAAGGAGAUGCUAUGUUUACAGUUACAAAAAGAAGUUGAAACAUUAUUGCACAGACAGCAAGUGUUAAUUGAAGAGAACAAUAUACUUGGUAUAAAAAUACAAGACUAUGAAAAAAAACAGCAAGAAUACGAAGAUACCCUUAAUAAUUUGAAGAUUCUAGCGGAUCAACGACAAACGGAAAUUAUUGAUUUGUUGCAAAGAGUUUCACAAAUUGAAGUAUUAAAAUCCCAAUUACAAGAAGCAGAGAAAAAUCUAAAAUCUACGAAUACUGAAUCAGAAAAAUUGCAUUUAAUAAAUAAUGAAUUAGAAUCUGAUAUGCAUGCAUGUCGUUUGCGCGAGGCUGCUAUGUUAGAUUUUACACAAAAGUUAACAGAUAAAAACGUAUGUCUUCAAUCAGAAUUUACUGCACUUGAAACAAAAACUAAACAGCUCGAAGAAGAACAAGGUCCACUUCGCGAUCAAGUGAAUAAAUUAAAAAAUAAAACUAAAUUGCUUGAAGACAAUGUAAUAUCUGAACAAAAAAGAAGAUUAGAAGAAUGUGAAAUUUUAGCAAAACACGUGGCAGAACAAACACAACUUGUUCAAAACUUAACACAAAAGUUAGAGGAUAGUCAAGGGGAAAAUGCAGUACUUAAGAGAAAACAACAAAGAAAUAUGAAAGAAAUAACGCGAGAACUGCAGCAGUGUCGAAAAAAAUUGGAGGCAUUUCAAUUAUCUUCACCUAGUAAUUCAAUGAAUGUUGCAUCAAGGACUGAUUCAAAUACAUCCCUAAAUACAGGUGAAACAGUGAAUGGUGCCUUAUCUGAUAAUUGUACCAAUGGUGAAAAUUGUAUUCAUUUAAUUGAACCUGCUAAAAAAUUAUUAAUGGAUCGUAUCGUGAUGUUACAAAACGAUAAUGCAAAAAAAUUAGAAAAAAUAGAUUUCUUGGAAGAACAUACACGAACAUUAGUCGAAGAAAUACAAAAGAAAACAAAGAUAAUACAACAUUAUAUUUUACACGAAAAUUCUGGUGCCAUGGGUAGUAACGAAAGAGAUAGAUACAAGGCGGAAUUAGCAAAGAAUGGAGGUAUAAUGGCAUCUGUUUACAGUCAAAAAGUUUCAGAUGACAACAUGACUUUAAAACUUUCUUUAGAAAUGAAUCAAAAAUUAUACGCCGUUGUUGAAGAUACAUUGUUCAAAAAUAUGGCUUUGAAGGAUAGUAUUAAUACUUUAGGUGCAGAAAUAGCGAAGUUAACAAUACAAAAUCAACAAAGACAAUUGACGAGUUAGAAAUAUUGCCAUAUAAUUUUUUUUUAUUUAUUUAAUUAAUAAUUAGAUUUUGAAAACACAAAAUUUUGUUCGAACAAAUAUUAAUUGACGAUUGCUAUAUUUUAAAGGCACGAAAAGUCUAAAAUUUAAUAUAUAAAUGACAAAUUUUUUACAAGAAUGAGCGUUACUCAUAACAUUAUUUUAAGCAAGAAAAAACUUAAUGCACUGGAUUACUUUAUCGUAAUAAGUUGAUUUUUAUAUAGUAAUCAAUUUUUUUUUAAAUGUGUAAGAAACGAGAAGAAAAAACGAAAAAUCUUAAAAAUGUAAAAACUCCAUGUCACAACUUAUAUAUCUAGAAUGAAAAUAUUAUCUAGUCCUUUUAAUCGAAACAAAUUAUAAUCCAAAAGUCCAUUGCAGUUUUAAAUAUCGUCAUUAACAAAUUUUCUUUUAUAUAAAAAAUCAAUUUACCAUCUAGUCACAUUAUAUCUUAACUUAAUAUAAUUACUUUGAUCAAAGAACAAAUGAAAUAAAUGAUGCCAAUAAUUUGUAUUUAGAUUUUCUAUAUGAUAUAUAUUACAGAUUCCUUUCUAUAAGUUUAACAAAAUGUUUUAUCAUCGUAUUCAUUAUUUUAUUAUUUCAUAUAUCAUGAAAUUUUUAUCUGUUUUAUUUUAUUACUUUAAGAAUAUGAUUGCAAUCAUAUAUGAUUGUGAAAUUUGUUAAUAACUUAUAAAGUAAUAGAAUAUUUUUUUAAGUCUUGUAUAUAAUAUUUAACUUGUAUAUAGUAAGCGCGCAAGCCUGUACCAAAGUAUAUUAAUUAAAAAAAUACAUUGUAUAUCGUAGUUAAAAUAUUAUUAAGAACACAUGUAGACAUUACAAAUAGUAUCAAAUUCUACAAAAUUACGUGGAAAUAUAUAAAAGCAUCAAAUUUUUAAAAAACACUUACCUGUAUCUUG